AUGCGCUUCUCCAACUUGUCACUUCUCGCAGUCCUAUCAGCUGCCAAUGCCGAGGCCGCUCUUGGCAAUCGUCACACAGAUUUGAACUGUAACUCUCAUCUCCAUGAGCCCAUAGCUGCUGGGAAAUGUUAUCGCAUCGACAGGACUAGAACCAUAUUCUCGUUCGGCGCGAUGACGUGCAAGGAAUAUCCCAACACAGACGACUGCAGUGGCUCGUCGAAGAGCAACGUAUACCGCGAAGGAUGCCAUGGGAUCUUACAGCAGGGCAAAUGGGCCCCACGUUCUUUGAAAUGCUCCCCAAAAGCCUCCUAA